UUACGUAUUUAAAGUCAGGAUUGAAUUAAUCUGAAGAAAGAAAAACAGUGAGUCGGCCGCAGUUAGAUCAGCGACAGGAGCAGUUUAUGCAGCUGGGUCCUCUUCUUUCACCUCUCCUCUUGCUGCUAGUAACAUUGGAUAUAUUUUUUUUAACCAUGUUAGUGCGGAGAUGUAUAUUGUUCAUUGGUUUAUGUGCGACGGUGGUGCGCUCACAGUUUCCAAGAGAAUGCGUCACUGUACGGGGUCUCCAGAGCGGGGAGUGCUGCCCAUCACUGAGGGGAGACCCAGGAGACAUAUGCGGCUCCAGCACCGGACGUGGCCAGUGUGUGCAGGUGAAUGCAGACGGGCGGCCCCAUGGACCGCAGUAUCCGCACGAUGGACGGGAUGACCGUGAGCAGUGGCCACUUGCUUUCUUCAACCGUACCUGUCAAUGCAAUGGGAACUUCUCUGGGUAUAACUGUGGUCGGUGUAAGCACGGGUAUGGCGGUGUGAACUGUGACCGACUUGUUGUUGCAGUGAGGAGGAAUGUUAUGGAACUGAGCGAGGACGAGAAAAGGCGUUUUGUGAAUGCAUUAGACCGGGCCAAGCGCACUGUGCAACCUGAUUAUGUCAUAGCGAGUAGACGUUACCCAGAGAUUUUCGGACCAGAUGGCAAUACGCCACAGUUUGAAAAUAUUUCCAUUUACAAUUUCUUUGUGUGGUCUCAUUACUACUCUGUCAGCAAAACAUUCCUUGGAGCAGGGCAGCAGAGUUUUGGAGGUGUGGAUUUUUCACACGAGGGACCAGGCUUUCUCACCUGGCACAGAUAUCACCUGCUGCAGCUUGAAAGAGAUAUGCAGGAUAUGCUGCAGGACCUGUCCUUUGGUCUCCCCUACUGGAACUUUGCCAUUGGAGGGAACAACUGUGAUAUCUGCACAGAUGACUUGCUUGGGGCCAGAAGCAACUUUGUGGUUAACGCACUCAGUCCAAACUCUGUCUUCUCUCGGUGGCGAAUUCUUUGUGGAAGUAUUGAAGACUAUGAUACACUUGGGACUAUAUGUAACGGCACAGAGGGAGGUCCUAUUCAAAGAAAUCCCGGUGGGAAUGUUGCCAGGCCCAUGGUGCAGCGCCUCCCUGAACCACAAGAUGUCUCUGCGUGUUUAGAAGUUGGCCAGUUUGACACGCCGCCUUUCUAUUCCACUUCAUCAGAGAGCUUCCGAAACACUGUUGAAGGAUACAGUACACCUUCUGGGAAUUAUGAUCCACUGGUUCGCAGCUUGCAUAACCUGGCUCACCUGUUUCUGAAUGGAACUGGAGGACAAACCCACGUGUCACCCAAUGAUCCAAUUUUUGUCUUGUUGCAUACUUUCACCGAUGCAAUUUUUGAUGAGUGGUUGAGAAGGCAUAAUCCUGAUGUGACUGCUUAUCCUUUGGAAAAUGCUCCAAUUGGUCACAACGGGCAGUAUAACAUGGUUCCAUUUUGGCCUCCGGUAACCAAUGUUGAGAUGUUUGUAACUUCUGAUAACCUCGGGUACUCGUAUGAGGUUCAGUGGCCAGGUCGCCCGUAUACCAUGACUGAGAUAAUAGCGAUCGCAAUUGUAGCAGUGCUGGUUUUGGUUGCAAUCAUUUUUGCUGCUACCACAUGUGCUGUGCGUGCAAGAUCAUACGGCCAUGGUAGAAACGAAGCUCGACAACCCCUACUGGCAGAACGCUAUCGACGCUACUCUGAGGAUCAUGAAAGAAUUCAAGAAAAAACACAAUCUGUUGUGUAAAUGAGAGGCAAAAACACUGAAAGGAUAGAGUUGCUUUUCACUCUGCAUUUAAAUAUAUUUAUAAAAUGUGAGUGUGUGUAUACAAUGUUCCUGACUCUCUUCUCACAAUAUGCACCAGCCUUUAACCAACCAAAUACUUUACAGCUUGUAUCUGUACUGCCCACAGGCAUGAGACCCUUGGGGGGAGGGGGAUUGGCUGAUUUUAGUGAUAACAGUAUGUCAAGUUCAGUGCACAAUAUGGUAAAAACAAAGCGGUUUGGGCUUGUUCCUUAAAUAUCCUCAGCACCCAAAGUGGAUAGUCUCUCUAAAUGAAUAUAGGGGUUUGCUUUUUGGUUGGUAAGCUUGAGAUAUAUAUAUAUAUAUAUUAGUUGUAAAUUGGGAAGCUUUAGUUUAAUUUUUUGUGAGUACCAUAAGGGCCAUUCGAUAAUUUUUUGGUGUAGCAAACAAUAGACAGAAUUUUAUUAUUUGGAUAAUUUACUUGGGUUUAUAUGGUUAACAUUGACUUUACAUCAAUAAAGCCCAUUAGUAUUAAACCAUUCUAAUCUCCACUGACUAUGUAUUUACAAUAGUUCUUUUCACUUUUAAAUGGAUUUGGCUGGCAUCUUAAGUACUUCUAACCUUGGUUCUUACUCAUAAAGGAGUGUGUGUGUGUGUGUGAGAGAGCUAUUUCCUAAAAAGAAAAAGCAGCCGGAAGCCUUUAGCGUUUCAUGUACAGUAUAUUAUGAAAUUAACUGAGACAAGAACAUCAUGUAUCAAUUACUUGGCUAAGUAUGUGUGUGGGCUUACUUGUAAAUUUUAAACAAAUUAAACUUGUAAACCCUGUAA